UGUUGAAACCCGGGUGAGUUAAUUAGUCGACAUGCUCCAUUGUAUGUUACUGUAACACUCGAAAAAAUGGAAGUUAAAUUAGUGUCAUUUCUUACUUUCCUUCAGAUCAUCAGUUCACUUUCUGCAGCAAGUGUAAUUGGUGGGUUGGAUUUUUUGCAACCCAUCGAUCGUUUGCAACACUCCCUUCGAAGAAACAGACGAUACCUGGGACUGAGCAAACUAUUUAAACUGAAUAAACGAUAUGAGGAGUGCAUAGCACCUGGAGAUUUGAAAGGGCACUGUAAACAUCUCUCCUAUUGCCCUACUAAUAUAUUCAAUCCAAAAAAUACGUUCGAUUAUUUGUGUGUGAUUGAGAAAACAUAUGUUGGUAUUUGCUGUCCAGAUGAUAUAGCUAGCGCAGGAGUGGCAGGAUCUCAGCUGGUCAAAGACUUACCAGCAGGAGGAAAUGAUUAUGAUGAGGAUGAGAAGUAUACAGGGUGUGGCCUACCGGCGGAAAGAAGAUCUGUAACUGGAACCAACAAGAUCAGUGCUCAAGAAUGGCCUUGGAUGGCAGCCCUUUACCGCAAGAAAGAGUUGGAGCAAGGAUUAGAGCAACAAUUCUGUGGUGGUGCUCUCAUAACAGAUACACACAUUUUGACUGCUUCCCAUUGCACACAAGGAUUGUUAGCUCCCGAUAUUCGAGUCAGACUCGGAGAGUAUGACUUCAGUAAAUCCGGCGAAUCCCAGUCAAGGGACUACCAAGUCGCAGAAAUAAUUGAACACGAGAACUUCGUCUUGGCCACCUACGAUAACGACAUAGCUAUCAUAAGGCUGCAAAAUCCGACAAGUUUCAACUCGUACAUUUGGCCCAUUUGCUUACCCGCUCCUGGUCGUGAGUACGUCAAUGAAACUGCCAUCGUCGCUGGCUGGGGUCAGAUAUACUACGCGGGACCUCUGAGUGGGGUUCUACAACGCGUUUCGGUUCCCGUUUGGCCACAUCAGACGUGCGUGGACUCGUUCGUGCAGAGAAUCACGAACGAUAAUUUAUGUGCGGCUGGAUAUGAGGGGGGAAAAGAUUCCUGUCUGGUGAGUAUUGUACUACCAUCUCCAAAGUUAUUCAAGGUCUUUUAA